CAAACAUUAAUAAACAGAUAUGGCGCUGCUUGAAGGAGCUCUCCGGUUAAACCUGCUAGCUAACAGCCGUAAUUUCUACAAAUUCACCUCAUGUGUUGGUGUCCGGCCGUUGUCUGACCAUGCGUCAUCUAAACCCGUAGCGUCCAGUGCCCCAGAAACCGCCAGUGACCAUUUAAUCUAUACACGAGAGCACUUUGCAUUGAAGGAGUCCCUCAGAAAGAUCAUCGACCAGGAGAUCAACCCUCACGUGGAUCAGUGGGAAGCCGAAGGGAAGUUUCCAGCCCAUAAAAUCUUCAAGAUCUUAGGAAGUGCUGGCUUUCUGGGAGUCAACAAACCCGUUGAGUAUGGAGGCUUGGGUCUUGACUUCAGCUACAACAUGGCAGUUUCAGAGGAGCUGGGCAACAUCCGCUGUGGAGGAAUACCCAUGGCCAUCGGUGUACAGAGCGACAUGGCUACGCCUGCGCUGGCCAGGUUUGGUUCAGCUGAGCUAAAGAAUGAGUUCCUCCUUCCCUCCAUCAUGGGGGACAAAGUGGCCUGCCUCGGAGUUAGCGAAGUCGGAGCCGGCUCUGAUGUCUCAAGUAUCAAGACCAAGGCAGUGAGGAAAGGAGAUGAAUAUGUGAUCAAUGGGGGAAAGAUGUGGACCACCAACGGUACCCAGGCUGACUGGAUGUGUCUCCUCGCCAACACCAGUGACGGGGCCCCGCACAGAAACAAAUCCCUCAUCUGUUUGCCCAUGAACCUACCAGGAAUACAGAUCGCUCGAAAGAUUGAUAAAAUUGGCAUGUGGUCAUCGGACACAGCCGAAGUGUUCUUCGAUGACGUUCGUGUGCCCUGCAAGAACCUCAUAGGCCAGGAAGGCAUGGGCUUCACCUAUCAGAUGCUUCAGUUCCAGGAAGAGAGGCUUUGGGCAGUGGCCAAUGUCCUGACCACGAUGGACAACAUCAUCCAGGAAACCAUCCAGUACACGCGGCAGAGGAAGAUCUUCAAGCAACCCGUCCUCUACCACCAGGCGGUUCACUUCAGGUUGGCUGAGCUGCAGACGGAGGUGGAGCUGCUCCGCUCCCUCAUGCACCGUGCUACAGCAUUGUACAUUAAAGGCAAUGAUGUCACCAAGCUGGCAUCCAUGGCCAAAUUAAAGGCAGGCCGUCUGGCGAGGGAAGUAGGCGACAGCUGUCUCCAGUAUUGGGGAGGAAUGGGCUUCACCAGUGACGUGAUGGUCAGCAGAUUUUACAGAGAUGCCAGGUUAAUUUCCAUUGGUGGAGGAGCUGAUGAGGUCAUGCUGGGAAUCAUCUGCAAGUACAUGGACACUCUACCCAAGCAGUGAAGUCAUCAACGCCUGACCCAGGGACAGAUAUCUGCUGCUGAUAAUGUGCUGAUCAUUCAUGAUGAAUUGCUUAACACAGAUCACCUAAGUGCAAUUCUGACAUGGUAAAAUGCUUGACAUGUUCAAGGAAGUUUGUUUCGCAUUUUGCCUUUGAUUGUUUAACUAAACUGUAUGUAAUCAGAAAGAAACUCUUAACUCAGACACAAAAUUAAGCUUGUGUUGUUUUUCAUGACAAUAUAAAUGUGAAAAUCCUACACCUGAACUGUAAUAUAUAAUUUCUUUU